AUGUCAUCUUCCAUUGAUCAAUUAUUCGGGAAGGACGCACCAAAGAAUUCUUCAAUUGCCAGUCUAUUUCAAAACUCAAAUAGUAUUGAAAAGAUUAUCCCUGUAAGACAAAAUAAAAUUGGACAAGAUAAUUAUGAUACCACAGAAAUAGAUGAAAUUUCAACUACAACAAAUUUUGAAAAUAUCACUGAAGAAAAUGAUCAAAAACAAAUUAAAAAAAAAAAAAAGAAUUCUAGUAAGGACGAAAAUGAUGAUUUAGAAAGUAAGUAUUUUGAAAAGUUGAUUAAAGAAGACGAUCAAGAAAAUAAAAAUGAUGAUAAGAAGGAGGCUCAAAGUGAACUUACGUCAGACUCAGAGAAUAAAGAAGUUGCUAAACCAGCCAAACAAAUUGAUUUCAAGCAAGAUGAAAUUGAAAAAGCUCAAAGAACAAUCUUUGUUGGUAAUGUUCCAACUGAAGUAAUUACAUCGAGAGACACUUACAAACGAUUCAAAAAACUGUUUUCACCAGAGAAUAAAGAUAUUACUAUUCAGAGUAUUAGAUUUAGAUCAAUUUCUUUUGAUGAGCCAUUACCAAGAAAGAUUGCGUUUGCAAGACAAUCUUUCCAUAAAGAUCGUCAUUCAAUCAACGCAUAUAUAGUUUAUUCUAAGAGUGAUGGACUUUCCAAAUUUUGUGAGCAAUUUAACGGUUAUGUUUUUGAUUCACGUCAUUUAAGAGUAGAUUCUGUUGCACAUCCAGCUCCACAUUACAAACAGAAGUCGAUCUUUGUUGGUAAUUUAGAUUUUGAAGAAGAUGAAGAAUCUCUUUGGAGCCAUUUUAGUCCAAUUGGUGAAAUUGAUUAUGUGCGUAUUGUCCGUGACUCUAAAACUAAUGUAGGUAAAGGUUUUGCUUAUGUUCAAUUUAAGGAAUUAGAAUCUGUUAACAAAGCACUUUUAUUAAAUGAUAAACCAAUGAAAUCAAUUCAUUCUGGUAAGAGUAGGAAAUUAAGAAUAACUAGAUGUAAGAAUAUUAAAUCAAAAUUUAAUAAUGAUAAAAAUAACGGAAUUGACAAUAGUAAUAAAAUAUUGAAUGAGCAACAAAAAACUAAACUAGGUAGGGCUAAGAAAAUCUUAAAUAAAGCGGAUAGGGCCACUUUAGGAAAGGAGUUGACAAUUGAAGGUAUGAGAGCCGAAAAGAAUAGUAAAGGUAAGAUUGGUUCUUUAUUGAGAAAACGCAAACCAAGAUCUAAAGAUGGUAGGGUCACUAAAAGAUCGAUAGCUUACAAAAAGGCACAAGCUAAUGAUAAGAAAUGA